CCUCCCAGCCGCGAUGCCCUCUGCCACUAGUUCCCGCUCUUCCACUCGUUAUUCGGCGUCCCUGUGCUCCCCUGCAGAGUCUUUGCGCCUCGCUGUUGAUCAGAGGUCGCGGAUGCAGUUUGCGCCGGAGGCCGGCUGAGACCUCUACAAGUGUCAUUCCUGCCUUCUUGGUUUGCAGGGAUCGCUUCUUUGUCCAGCUGCCUUCUCCACCAGGUACGCUAUUUCUGACCGGUCGGCUGCCCAGUAGUCUGGAGGCUUAGCGGCUGCGCUGAGCCCGGACUCGGUUUCGGGCCGGACCAGGAGGCGGUGACAACCCCUGUUCAGCGCUCCUAGACUCUCAGAGCGUGGUUUUCCCGCGGUCACCAGGGACCCUGCUGGCGGAAGACAGGCCGCAGCGGGACCUGCUGAGAUUUUCAGCUACUGAUGUUACAAACAAAAUAUUGGAACAUAGAGUUGAGGAAAGUACUUAAACCAGAUUUUUCUUCAGGUAGUUAAAAAUAUGGAUCCUGAAGAAGGGGUACCUCCGACUGUCAAAGUGACACCUCUUCAACAAAUGCUUGCCUCUUGUACUGGAGCUAUACUGACAUCACUAAUGGUGACACCCCUGGAUGUUGUUAAAAUUCGACUCCAAGCCCAAAACAGACCAUUUUUCAAAGGAAAAUGUUUUAUAUAUAGUAAUGGACUUAUGGAUCACUUAUGUGUCUGUGAAGAGGAAGGAAACAAAGCAUGGUAUAAGAAGCCAGGAUUUUUCCGGGGAACAUCGGAUGCCUUUUUGAAAAUCAUUCGAAAUGAGGGGAUUACAUCCCUGUGGAGUGGCCUUCCCCCUACCUUAGUAAUGGCAGUUCCUGCCACAGUUAUUUAUUUUACCUGCUAUGACCAAUUAACUGCUCUCCUGAGAUCUAAAUUGGGAGAAAAUGAAAGCCGCAUACCAAUUGUUGCUGGAAUUGUGGCCAGAUUUGGUGCAGUAACUGUGAUAAGUCCAUUAGAAUUGAUAAGAACCAACAUGCAAUCUAAGAAGUUUUCUUACAAGGAACUGCAUCAGUUUGUCAGCAAGAAAAUAUCUGAAGAUGGUUGGAUUUCCCUUUGGAGAGGUUGGGCUCCUACUCUUUUUAGAGAUGUACCAUUCUCAGCAAUGUACUGGUAUAACUAUGAAGUUUUAAAGAAAUGGUUGUGUGAGAAGUUAGGUGUAUAUGAACCAACGUUUAUGAUCAACUUCACUUCAGGGGCAUUGUCUGGUUCUUUUGCAGCUGUUGUGACUUUGCCAUUUGAUGUGGUAAAAACACAAAAGCAGACACAACUUUGGAUGUAUGAAUGUUAUAAAAUUCCUGAGCCCACGUCAACCUGGGCUAUAAUGAAGAACAUUGUUGCUAAGAAUGGGUUUUCUGGAUUAUUUACAGGCCUAAUUCCCCGUUUAGUUAAAAUUGCUCCUGCUUGUGCCAUUAUGAUCAGUACAUAUGAACUUGGAAAGGAUUUUUUCCAGAAACAAAAUGCUCAAAGACAGCAAUACUAGUGAUGCUGUUUCAAUUGGAUAUAACCAUGGCCAAAUAAUAAGAUGGAGACUGCUAGGCUAGAGCCUUUAUGUUAUCUUACAAAGAUUUUGUAUCCUUCCUGCCAAUAAGUGAAAUGAAUUCCUACCUUGAUUCUACAUCAUAAUCCUUAUUUUUAAAUUAGUUUUGUUAUCCUAAUUUUUGAAAUAUUGGAAGAGAUUUUCCAGAAAUCACAACCAUAGAGCUUUUUAUAAAGAAAAACUAUUCCUUCAUACUGGAAGCAAUAAUCUGAGUUAGAUAUUAAAGAAAUAACAUUACCAUUAUUUCCGCAAGAGAGAGUGGUUUUGCUGAUUGUAUUAAAUGUUCACCAAAGUCAAACAUGGGUGUAUAGUGGAAAACAUUGUAUUUAGACUAGUAACAAUAAUGCUUUGGCACAGCCAUGCUGUAAUUCAUGUAUCAGUGUUCAUGGAGCUCUCUAGAUCACUCCUCUAUUUGCUUGUUGUGUUAAAUUUGAUAUUGUUAAUACACUAUCAGUCACAGAAUAUUUCCAAAAUUAUCUUUGAUGAUAUACCCCUAACAUUAGUAUGCUAGAACAAGAGACUAAACGGACAGCAGUUUUCUUGAAGAAAUAGCUUUUGGUAACUACAGGCUAACGCCUAAGUAAUUUAGCUUAUGAAUGUAAGAAAUGAUAUUCUUUUUUUAUAUUUGUUUAAAUGUCUUAGGAUAUACAUCCUCUUAAGAAAAAGCACUUUAUUGAAGUCUAUGUGUAUUUUAUGAAAAUGUGAAGCAUUUUUGCCCCUAAAAUAGGUAAUAUAUUUAGGUGAUAAAUCUCUAGUGUUCAUGGAGGAAUUAAUAUAUUUGUAUUACAGUAGAAAAGAAUGUUUUGUGAGAAAUAAACUGUAUAGAAUUUGUAUGUAACCUUUUGUGUUUUUAUCCUGUUGCUUUACAUUAAAUUUGCAACAUGUCCAUAAAAACAUGAAAUAUUUAUGAUCUUAAGUUAAUUGUCAUUAAAAUAUUUUAAGUUAAAAUUAUCAUUAGCUAAAUAUUUUCAUAUAACGUGUGUGUGAACGUUUAUCUUAAACACUGCCAUUUAACAGUACUAAACUUACCCUGGUUUUGCUGCUUCUCUUUGAUAACUUAUUGGUAGAAAAAGGCAGAAAUAUUGAAAUUUAGGGCUGUGCUUCAAAAAGCAGUCACAUGUCUGCUUAUAAAUACCAGAAGGGAGAUGCCCAGCUAUACCCCCAGUACUAAUGGCACUUGUGGAAAAUUGUUACUAUUUAUGACUAAAAUAACCUGAAUCUAAUUCCCUAGAUUUUCUAACACAUGUUUACCCACACUGUAUCUGGAUGAAAAGAAGGAUGAAAGCUUCAGCUUUUUCUCUACAUCAGUAAAUAGGCAUUAAUACUUUUUUU